CCUUGUGGUCCUCCGACGCCUUUUUACCAACCGGAAAAGCGAAGACGGGAGCAGGAAAAAUUAUGGUGGCGCCGUUUGCUCGUGUGCGUCUCCGUAAUCAUCCUCGCUGGCUCCUCCUCCUCUUCCGUCGAGUGAGGGCUGCCUCUUAUCUCUACCUCGGCUUUUAUUAUGACUCCCCGAAAUCCAUCUUCAGAAGCAUCUUGGAACUCCGUUGGGGGAAAGGCAAGGGCCCAAGAUGACUUCCAAGAUGGAUUCCCGGAAGGUCUAAGUUUAUCUUUAUCCCUUUCAGCAUCGACUCUCCGCAGCACAGACCCGUCUGGACAUCCGUAUCCGGUCUCUACCAAAGAUUCUUUCCCGUGGCCACUUCCAAGAAGCAAAUGGCGCGGGUGCGGGCAUCUCAUUGUUGUUAUCGCAUCUUUUACCCAAUGUAGUAUUCUUAGAAAGUGAAUAAAGUGUUGUAAGUGUAACAUCAAAACAAGACGUCUGUUGUUCUAGAGAAGUCCACUCUUUUUUUGUCUAAGGUCUACCCAAUUAUAUCACAAGGCGUUUAAGAAUCCUAACAAGGUUUUAUUACUGUAGAAAAUUAGAGGCCAAGGGUACUAGACUAGGGAUGCAAGUGCGAGGACCGCUCUAACAACAGCAAGCGGGUGGGAAUUCAGCAGUGGGCCAAAAAUAUCAACCUACUUAGGCUCCAGCGUCAAGCGCACUAUAGGAGUUUCUCCUAUGGGGACGACUGGUGCAGCAGGGUCCUCAACAUCUUCCCCUGCAAUCUCUGACACACUUGGGAGUGUCGGAUCUUUGGUGGUCCGAGAAAAAACUGGGGAAGCGUAUAUCAGCGACCUCGCGCGCGGUCUGAUCAACAGGGUAGCGAACGCAAGUGACCCAACCUCGGGAAUAGAAACUUUGUUGGGACCUACACUUAUGAGAAUUUAUUUUUGAGCUAUCAGUCCCACAAAUCCCCUCUCUUCCUUGUAACUCCUUCACUUGAUUACUCGAAAAAAUAAGUAGCAUGAUAUUACAACACGUUAUUUCAGAAAUAUUUAGUACUUCGCGAUGAUGGGGCUUUAACUGAUGACCAUGUACUAGGAGGUAAUCAACAUGAUAUGGAAAAAUAUGUAAUGGUGUAAUGAUUCCAUUUGGUAAAGAAACAUGUAAUGAUAUAGAAAAAUAAUCUUCAGUGGAGUAGUACUAGUUGUUCUAAUUUGAUCCAAGUUAUUCAACCAGGAGUAGCGCAGCGUGCAAGUGUUCGAUUGCGCACACCGGAUGGCUUGUCGUUGGACUCGGAGGAAGAAUACUUGUAUUUCAGCGACGCAGAGUCUCAGCGCGUACUUCGCGUCCAUCUGUCGUCGAGAGAAGGAAUCCAUGGUCCCGCUGAAGCAGUGGUGAAUCCAGAAGGCGCGAUUGGUGCAGCUGGAAACUGUGGACCAGCAACGAGAGCAAAAUUGCGAUAUCCACGCGGUUUGGCGAUCAUCAUUAAGGAGUCACGUCGCGAUUAUCUUCUGAGUUGCUUGUGUAUUCAUUCUUGGUUCCGAACUAGAAAAACUUUCAAAGUUUUUCAGAAGUGUGUUUACUGGCAUGAAUUAUUUCUAUGGAAAUUUCCGGCUCGUUUUUCUCUCAUAAAUGUUUUUUUCACGAACACGAUAUUAAAGGUACAAGAACUGAAUGAAUAUCAUGACCGAUAGAUACUCUAAUAUCACACCAACCAAAAGUACUGACGAUGGAAUAUCAAGAGGGGGUACGUCGACUUCUAUGACUGCGCUUUUGCAGAGCAACGCAACUAACGUAACCACGAACGCGACCGACAAUAGCAGUGAUGCGACUUAAGAAUAGAAGAACUUUUGAAAAGAGACCGACGAGAACUUAGGAAUUUAGUUUUAGAAGGUCAUGUAAAAGUAGAGGCUGUAACGUAGUGUCUCGUAAGUCUAAUACUACCAAAGUGAUGGAUCUCAUCUGCAUCUCCUAUACAUGAUCUUUUAACUAGUUCGUUUGAUCUCCUUGAAUAAAACUCUAACUGCUAAGAGAUGUAAGAUCAAGAUGCCUCUUUUAGCUACUAGCUUGAUCUGCUUUGUAGAAGUGUUGACGUAGUGUGUCGAAUUCUUACUAGAUCAUGUAUUAGAGGGCUUUAAGGUAGUAUGUCACGCCUUAACAAAAAAAUAGUCCUUCUACACUGAUGUCGUGAUUUGCCGCUCUUAUUUUCGUAACACCACUCCCGUUUUCUCUUCCGUCACCGCUCCGCAACCACAGUUGAUUAUUGCGGACAGCGGAAACAACUUGAUUCGCGGUGUGGAGAUCACAGACUAUCCAAAGUGUGUCCAGUUUUUUGAGGCUUCCAUUAAGGCUCUACCGAGUAGUGCCUCUUUGGUUAUCCAUCAUUCGAAAGCAUGUAUUCCAUUUGGGUAAGUGCUCUCUUCAAGCAUGCACAGCAGGUCAAAGAAGAUUACCCCUAUCGGACAGCCCUAAUUUUGGUUUUUCUGCCUUCAGCAAUCCUUUUCCGGUUUUGACCACGUUUUUUAUCGAUGCAACGACCGGCCAACUUUGUCGAGGCGGGGAAUGUCACGUGCGUGGCUCUAGGACCC